UUUCUUCUUCCUCAUACCAACUAUACAGUUCUUCUUCUUCAUUUUUCUAGAACACUAAAUCUGUGCAUAUUCAGUUUAUAUUAUGUGUAUAUUCACGUAUUAUUUCAUGGUAUCAUAGCGGGUGUAGGUCUGUUUCGAUUCACUCGUUUGAAAGUUUGAAAUUUCUCAAUUUAAUUAUGUAAAAGAAAGUUUGAAGUUUACUUUCAAAAAUCCGAAGUUCUUGAUCAUAAGCGAUGGCAAUCAAAACCAAUGUCAAUGGUGUAAACAACAUUACUGGUACAGGAAAUGUAAAUGCCACAAGUAAUGUGCCAGAUCUUGCACAAAAUUCACAAAGCUCUGGCAAUGUUCAAUGAGCUGGGAUCGAUUAUAGUCACCCUUUGUUUCUUAAUCCACAAGAUGUAAGUGGAAUUCAAAUCUUGACAUUUCAAUUGAUUGGAAUUGAAAACUUUGCAAUUUGGUAUAAUUCAAUGAAAAUUGCCCUUCUUGGAAGAAAUAAGAUGGGGUUAGUUGAUGGUGAUGAAUUCAAUCUCAAAAAUCUUGUUAGGAGGAGUCAUGUAUGACACAACUACCAAAGCUGUGUGGGAUGAUAUGUUUGAGAGAUGCAACAAGGUGGCUGGUUCAAGAACCUUCAAUGUUCAUAAAGAAAUCUCAACUUUGGUUCAAGGUACAAGUUCUGUUUCUGCAUAUUUUUCAGGACUUAAAGAUUUAUGGAAAGAAUUUGAAGCCUUAGUACCAACACCUAGUUGUAAUUGUGCAAAGUCUAGAGAAUUUGUUGUCAUCUUCAGAAAUUAAAAUUGUUUCAAUUCUUAAUGGGGUUGAAUGAGUCCUACAAUCAGGCUAGAAGCCAUAUCUUGAUGAUGUUUCCAAUGCCUUCUAUAAAUCAAGCUUAUGCUAUGAUUCUGAGUGAUGAAGGUCAAAAGUCCAUCGCAGCCACUUCUGGUGUGUUAGGUUCUCACCCUGGUAAUUCUAGUACAUCAGGGAAUAUUGAUGUAGCCAUGUACUCAAGGAAUAAUGGUUCUUACAGAGGUCAAUCUAGUCAAUCUGGUUAUAAUGGUCAUUCUCAGAAAAUCAAGAAAAACUACAUUCUUUAGUAUGAAAUGUGUAAUCUGAAAGGACAUACAAAAGAGACUUGUUACAAAGUAGUUGGCUAUCCUCAAUCAAGAAAGAGACCAUAUAGUACUGUUCAAGAAAAUGGAUACAAUUCUGGUAAUCAAGGACAAGGGAGGAAGUUCACAAAGCCUGGAUCUGCAGCAUAUAAUGUAAUGGCAGAUGGUGGAAGUGGUUUCACAAAUCAAAGAGAUGCUGAGAUGCAACGUCAAGUACCAAACAACAAUAAAGUUACUCAAAGUCAAGGUGCAUCAGCAGGAGGAGCUUAUCCCUUCACAAAAGAUCAGUAUGAACAGAUCAUAAAGUUGCUCAAGGGCAACAACACUGAGCCAGCUUUCUCUGCUGCUGCAGCAUCAGGAUCUUUUGAAUGGACAGGUGAAGGAGAUUAGUAAAGAGGAAAAUGGACUAUACAUAUUGGUCAAUCACGCAUUUAAGUACAACAGAAGAAUAGUUAUUCAGACUAUCAAAGAUUGUACUGUUUGC